AUGAGCUACAAAACCACACUUGUGAUUCUGUCAAUUGCUGUUGGUGUCAGCAUUCUCGCAUUGAGCCUGAAAUUUAAAGUUCACGAAUACGUAAUAUUUAGAUCAAGUUCAUCAAAUUUAUCAAGUGAUAAAUCAGUACCUUGCCCUGCGGUAGUUCGUUCCCAAGUUCCUUCACCAGUUCCUUGUCCUUCCAUCCCUUCCACUUCCCCAGUCCCUUCCACUUCCCCAGUCCCUUCCACUUCACCAGUCCCUUGCCCUUCACCAGUCCCUUGCCCUUCACCAGCGCCUUGCCCUACAGAAGCUCCAUCCCCAGUCCCUUAUAUUGAAACAAAGAGAGAGAUUGCCAAAAGAUUGGCUGAGAUUUACCUCCAGUUAAAGAACGAUGUCAGCCAUAGCAAACCACCCACACCAAAGACGCUUGUGGAACUCAAAGGCAUAAUUGGAGAACUUGAUCCAGCACAUAAGCUCAGCUAUGAAGAAAGAGAGCCAGCAGAACCAAAAAACUCAUCUGUAAUGCAGGAUGUGUGCCCAGAGAAGUAUAUGGGUGAAUACUUUGGCAUUCCAACCCGCUAUCAUAAGGGAUGGGAAAUGCAAGAUUGCAAAAAUGUAAAACCAUUGCCCCAGGUCGUUAGCAUUGUUCUUAAUACAAUGGCGUAUCCUCAAUCAAUGGAAAAACAGGUUGAAACAGUGUUAAAAGGCAUCAACCAAACCUAUCCACAAGUCAAAGUGUUCUUAGCAGCCAAGACAAACCAAAUGGAAGAAGCUUCGAAAAAGUACCCAAAUGUCAAAACUGUUGCUGUCAGUAAAGACAGCUCUCUUGGUAAAGUGUGGAACCAACUUAUCAAUGAGGUCUCAACUCCAUACACACUUGUUGCACGCGAUGUUGUUCAUUUUACUUGGGUUACACGAGUUGAACGACAAAUUCGCAUGAUAAGUACAACAGACCAUGUUGCAAUAGUUGGAGGAUCAUUCCGUAAUCUUACUGGACAUUGGCGAGUUGGAUGUCGACAAACUAAACUAUUUAACUAUGUAUUACAGUAUGAAGAAGGUUACCACUACUCAAGGCACUCAUGCAUGUUUUGUGAUGAUUUGGAAGGGCCAUUUGUUGCCCGAACUGAUCUUCUGAAAAGCCUCAAAUUCAGCGAAAAGUAUAGCAAAGAAAUCUUGUUUGAAGAAUUCUUUAUUCGGGUUUUUCGAUCUGGAAACUUGAUAAUGAACUGCCCUGAUGCAAUGUAUUUCACAACAGACUACUCUACAGAAAGUAAGCAAAACCGAAAGGCAAUAUGGCGGCCUCUUGCAACAGACUUAAAGUUAGUACGGGUGGUUAUGAGUGAUUACGGGGUCAGACAUAAGUUUUCUUGUGGAGAAAUUUCGUACAAGUGUGAUGCCAAGGAAAUAACUAGAUACAAAGCUCUUCCUAUGUGCUGUUUGGAGCAAUUUGGAAAUGCCAUGAAAUUUUUCCACGAUUUAUCCGUAAAAAAUAACCUUCAUUAUGAACUUGAUUCUGGUUCAAAUCUGGCAUGUGUGAAAUUCAACAACUACAACCCAUUUGACAACGACGCAGACUUGUUUAUAUCUCCAAACAACUUAUCUUUUGUAAACUCUCAAUCUAGUCUUAUAUCACAAAAUGGUUUUAAACUUAGCGGAUACAAACCGGCUGGUGUCCACAAAGAUCGUACUCCGUUAAAGUUAGAUGGAAGUUUAGAAUUUUUCACUCCCGACAUCGAUAUAGAACUAUGGGGCCACAGUGUGUUGUCAUCUGACCUGUUUUCUCCUCCAGAGCUUAGCAAAACGUCGCAUUAUACUAAGUGUCGUGUGAACAGUCGCUGGAUAUUUUGUGCUCAUAGUCCGGCUUUGUAUUCGCGGAAUCGUUAUGGGCCAGACAUUUUGAAACACAGCACCAAAUGGAGUGGCCCUGCGAGAUCAAACAGCUUUCAAAGAUAUGUUCCGGGGUCGUAUGCUAAGUGCAAUGACCCAACCUUUCACGCAUGUUUGGAUAAAUUCCCUAAUGAUGGUAACAUUGCUUUCAAAGUCUUAUAAGUGAUCGUCUAUGUAUUGAAAUAGACUUCUGUACGGCUGAUCGAUUGGCAAACAGUUAUUCCGUGUUAACCCAGAAUAGUUGCAUAGUUAUUGUUAUUCCGU